AUGGAUACCUCUGCUGUAAAAGAGACUGCAAUUCAAUCAGCUCACGAUGAGGAUCGCUUGGAAGAGCUCAAGGCUUUUGAUGAUACAAAAGCUGGUGUGAAAGGACUUCUUGAUACCGGCAUUACUACUCUUCCUAAGAUCUUUAUUAGACCACUGGAUGAACUCGAAGAGGAUUCAAGCUACGGGCAUUCCCAGGUGCAAGUUCCUGUCAUAGAUCUCAGCGGCAUUGCAAAUGAUGAUCAACACAAAACUAUUGUGGAUGAGAUAAGGAGAGCAUCUGAGGAAUGGGGAUUCUUCCAACUAGUCAAUCACGGGGUUCCAGCAAGUGUUUUGGAUGGAAUGAUUGAUGGAACUAGGAAGUUUCAUGAACAGGAUGCUGAACUGAAGAAAGAGUACUAUACUCGCGACAGGAUGCGAAAGGUGAGGUAUGAUAGCAAUAUUGAUUUGUAUCAAUCUAAAGCUGCUAACUGGAGAGACACUUUGACCAUCAGCUUGAUUUCUUCUAAUGAAUUUGAACCUGAUGAAUUGCCAGAAGUUUGCAGAAGUGAGGCCAUUGAUUACAUAAGUUAUGUAACUAAGCUGGGAGAGAAUCUGUUUCAGUUACUAUCAGAAGCUCUUGGGUUGAAACAAGACAGCCUAAACACCAUGGGAUGCGCAAUGGCACGCACCUUUGUGUGCCACUACUAUCCGGCAUGUCCACAGCCGGAGCUAACAAUGGGAGUAAACAGGCACACAGAUCCUGCAUUCCUCACAAUUCUGUUGCAAGAUCAAAUCGGUGGCCUCCAAAUCCUACAUAAUAACCACUGGAUAGAUGUGCCACCAAUGCCGGGAAGUUUGGUAGUCAACAUUGCUGAUCUUCUUCAGAUUGUAUCAAAUGACAAGUAUAAGAGUGUAGAGCACAGAGUGAUUGCAAACCACAAUGGACCAAGAAUUUCCGCAGCAUGUUUCUUUGUUGGUAAUCCUGAUCCUACAUAUGCAUAUGGUCCAAUCAAAGAACUGAUAUCAGAAGAGAGUCCAGCUCUCUAUAAGGAGUUUACUGUUCGGGAAUACAUCAGAAACUUCUUUGCAAGGACAAUUGAUAAGUCGCGCCUUCGCAAUAUGAAGCUCUGA